AUGGCCGAAGUCGGCGAGGACAGCGGGGCCCGCGCCCUGCUGGCGCUGCGCUCGGCGCCCUGCAGCCCCGUGCUGCCGCCGCCGCCACCGCCGCCGGGCGCGAUCGCGGGGGCCGCGGGGGGCCCGGGCGCGGACACGGGGGGCCCGGCGGGCGAGGCCCUGGUGGCCGCCGCCGCCGCCUGCGUGCGCCGCAGUCCCGGGCCUGCGCUGGCGCGCCUCGAGGGCCGCGAGUUCGAGUUCCUCAUGCGGCAGCCGAGCGUCACCAUCGGCCGCAACUCGUCGCAGGGCUCGGUGGACCUGAGCAUGGGCCUGUCGAGCUUCAUCUCGCGGCGCCAUCUGCAGCUCAGCUUCCAGGAGCCGCACUUCUAUCUGCGCUGCCUCGGCAAGAACGGCGUCUUCGUGGACGGGGCCUUCCAGCGGCGCGGCGCGCCCGCCCUGCAGCUGCCCAAACAGUGCACUUUCCGGUUCCCCAGCACGGCCAUAAAGAUCCAGUUCACAGCCCUGUUCCACGCGGAGGAGGCCCCGGCAUCGCCGCUCCGGCCGCUGUACCCGCAGAUCUCCCCACUGAAGAUCCACAUCCCUGAGCCGGACCUCCGGAGCUUGGUCAGCCCCAUCCCCUCCCCGACUGGCACCAUCAGUGUUCCCAACUCCUGCCCGGCCAGUCCACGCGGGGCCGGCUCCUCUGGCUACCGCUUUGUCCAGAACGUGACCUCAGACCUGCAGCUGGCAGCAGAGUUUGCAGCAAAGGCCGCCUCAGAGCAGCAGGCAGAUGCGUCCGGAGGGGACAGCCCCAAGGACGAGUCCAAGCCGCCAUACUCCUACGCCCAGCUGAUUGUGCAGGCCAUCUCCUCCGCGCAGGACAGACAGCUCACACUAAGCGGGAUCUAUGCCCACAUCACCAAACAUUACCCUUACUACCGCACGGCCGACAAAGGCUGGCAGAAUUCUAUCCGACACAACCUCUCUUUGAACCGUUACUUUAUUAAAGUCCCUCGUUCCCAGGAGGAGCCUGGGAAGGGGUCUUUUUGGAGAAUAGACCCUGCCUCAGAAGCCAAGCUUGUGGAGCAGGCAUUCCGAAAACGGAGGCAGAGGGGCGUCUCCUGCUUCCGCACCCCCUUUGGGCCUCUGUCAUCCAGGAGUGCUCCAGCCUCACCGACUCACCCUGGGCUGAUGUCCCCUCGUUCUACUGGCCUGCAGACUCCAGAGUGCCUGUCUCGGGAGGGCUCACCCAUUCCACACGACCCUGACUUCGGGUCAAAGUUAGCUUCUGUUCCAGAGUAUCGGUAUUCCCAGAGUGCACCCGGCUCUCCUGUCAGUGCCCAGCCCGUGAUCAUGGCUAUGCCUCCCCGACCUCCCAGCUUAGUGGCCAAACCCGUGGCCUACAUGCCAGCCUCCAUAGUGACGGCCCAGCAGCCUCCCGGCCACGCAAUCCACGUCGUGCAGCAGGCACCCCCUGUCACCAUGCUCAGGGUGGUCACCACCUCUGCCAGUUCUGCCAACGGAUACAUCCUUGCCAGCCAGGCCUCGGCAGGGGGCGCACACGAAGCCACAGGCACAGCAGUGUUGGAUCUGGGCAGCGAAGCCAGAGGCUUGGAAGAGAAACCCACCAUUGCAUUUGCCACCAUCCCCGCCGCCAGCCGGGUCAUCCAGACGGUGGCCAGCCAGAUGGCCCCUGGGGUCGCUGGACACACGGUCACCAUCCUGCAGCCAGCCACGCCAGUGACCAUCGGGCAGCACCAUCUUCCAGUUCGGGCUGUCACUCAGAAUGGAAAGCACGCCGUCUCCACGAAUAGUUUAGCUGGCAGCACUUAUGCCCUCACCAGCCCCCUGCAGCUCCUUGCAGCCCAGGCUAGUUCGUCCACGCCAGUGGUGGUCACCCGGGUGUGUGAGGUGGGCCCCGAGGAGCCAGCACCAGCGGCCGCCACCACCACCACCAUUACCCCAACCACGGCUGCCAUCUCUGCCCCUGCCACUGGGGAGCCUGAGGUCAAAAGGUCCCGCAUGGAGGAGCCCGGGGGGACUGUAACCACGCAGGCUGGCGUGAUCACGGCUACCGGCCUGCAGGGGCCUGGGACUGGGGAGUGAGGCUGCCACGUGCAGGCGGAGUGGGACGCACACCCACAGGAAUUCUGGAGCUGAUGUGGCAGCUGCCCUCGUGACCACCGGGCCACAACGCAAAGGCUCCAUGCUGCCCAGGCUUGGUGCCAGACGGACAGGACGGCCUCAUCUGCCUGCACCUGGACACACUCAUCCUGUCAUUUUCUCUCCUGCCCCUGCUGUGGUUAAAACAAAACACAUAAACAUGUUCAGACAGCUGA